GGGUGUGCAGAAAGGAGAGGGUAACAGGGUGCGGGAGCGGAGCGGAGAGAGGAUCGGGUAGCGGGUGCAGGCAGUAGCAGCAAGGGGCUGGGCAGUAAUAAUAAGGUAACAAAAAGCUUUAAAACUUGUCGCGGUUCGUUUGGCCUCUCUACCAGGAUCUGUUGCUUCGAUCGCAUCUGUUUUGACUCGACUAUUGAAUACUUGAGAUUUGGAAACACUGACCAUGUCUAACGAACGCAUUAAGAUUGAUGCACCUCUUUGGGAUCAGAACACCUUCAUAGGCCGAUUCAAACAUUUUCUUUUUGUAACUGAUCCACGGUCGUGUAUUGUCCCAGAUGACAAGUUAUAUGAAGCUAAAGCAUUAGUAGAACAAUACAGAAUUGGAAAGGAGCCUCCAGGAACAACAGAAGACAAAAUUUUGGCUGCUAAAAAGUUAUAUGAAGGAGCUUUCCAUCCUGAUACUGGAGAUCUGCAGAACCUUUUUGGCCGUAUGUGUUUCCAGGUUCCAGGUGGAAUGGCUGUUACUGGUGCCAUGCUGACAUUUUACAGAACAUCAACAGCAGUGAUGUUCUGGCAGUGGGUUAACCAGUCCUUCAAUGCUUUAGUCAACUACACAAAUCGAAAUGCAAAAUCACCUCUUACUACCAAUCAACUUGGUGCUGCAUACUUAUCUGCAACUUUGUCAGCCGGUUUAGUUGCUGUCCAAUUUAAAGGCUUUCUUGAAAAAAGAGCUGGUUCCUUGAUGAAACGAUAUGUACCAUUUGUUGCUGUUGCUGCAGCAAACUGUGUCAACAUCCCACUCAUGCGUCAGAAUGAAAUACUAGAUGGUAACGAUGUAUACGACGAGAAUGGUAACAGACUUGGGCAGUCCAGAAUUGCUGCUGUGACUGGUAUUAGUCAGGUUGUUCUGUCACGAAUUGUAAUGUGUGCUCCUGGAAUGACCGUGCUUCCCCUAGUAAUGGAACGACUAGAGAAGCGUCCAGCAUUUAAAAGGGCAACAUGGUUCCAUGCUCCUUUCCAAACAGCGGCUGUUGGCUGUUUCCUCUUGUUUAUGGUUCCUUUUGGCUGUGCCAUAUUCCCUCAAAGAGCAUCAUUGAGUACAAGUUUUAUCAAAAAAUAUGAACCUGAAGAAUAUGAAAAAAUGGUCAAACAAACUAAUGGAAAGGUACCUGAGACAGUUUACUUCAAUAAGGGUCUUUAAUUAGGUAGAUGUGGAUUGAUGAGAGUAAAUCAUAAGAAACUCAGAUUGAUUCUUUUUGAUGGUACCUUUAAUUUUGCCAUUUGUUUUUAUAGCAAUGUUUUUUUUAAUGAUCUAUUUUUCUUCUCUUACUAAUUUUAAUUAACUAGAUUAUAGUCAGGGAAUUGUUAUGAAAGAGGUUUUAUUUUCUGUGGCUCUUAGGGGUCAACAAAAGCAAGGCACUCUAGAUUUAUUAUGUUUCAUUAAUUUUCAGUUCAGUUUUGCAGUAUUUUUCUUAUGUGCGCUUGAAAAAAGCUAAUAAGACAUCAUAUUUACAAAUCAUUGUUUUACUGUCUGCUUCAUCAGCUACCCUGCUUUAAGCUUGCCACUGUUCAAUUUGAAAUGUUCAUAGUACAAGUGACACUGUUCACAUUUACUUAGUAAGGAUUUAGCAUUCCGAGUUUUAAUUACAAUGACAAUAAUACUUAGUAGUUUCAUGGAUAUAUUUGAAAUGAAGGAGAAAAGUAAGUCACUGAUGUUGGAACUUAAAAUACAAUGAAAGCUCUAUUUAUUCUUUGGAUUGUGAUGUGUUUAGAGUAGAUGAUAGGAUUAAAGGGGAAGUUCUAGAGAUACCUCUUCUAUGUUCUUCCCCCUCUUGUGAUUUGUUUUUCUUUUAUGAAAUAGAAAUGAAGUCCAAUGCUGUAAUUUAAGCAAUGUUCAGACAGUAUUGUUUCAAGUAAAGUGUGGAUUUGUGGAUAAAAGGAGCUCAUGCACUUUUGUGUGUGUAAAUUAGGUCUUUAUACUCUAUAGGAGGCAAUGUACUUAAUUUGUCUAGAGUCUUCGUGUAUUUUGUGUUUAUCAAUAAACUCAAUCAUUUGUUCUCUCAAA